GUUAAAAAAGUCAUGAACAUCAAAUUCUUUGUGCUACUUUGUAUAGCCAUAAUUAGUUCGUUGAACAUCAACACUGUUAAAUGUUAUCGUGUUAUGACCCGUAGUUAUUAUUAUGGGAGGCCAAGUGGCCCUUAUUAUGGGAAGCCACGUGUUGUACAUCAUAAAUAUAGUGUAGAACAUAUUUAUGAAGAAGAGGAACCAGAGAAGCCGAAACCAAAGCCUGAGGAGCCUAAACCUGAAUCAAAGAAAGAUUGGACUCUUGGUGAUCUGAAAGUAAGGUUUACAAUAAAAAAGGAAACGUUCGUUCCUGAUGUUGUAGACUUUAUAGAAAAAUUUAAUGGAAGAAUUCAAAAAAGUACAAUUGAAGCUCCACACGCAAUUUUCGAAAAUUUGCCCAAAGAAUCGAAGAAAAUAAAGGAUUUGUUAGAGGCAAAAACUGUGAACAAAUGGGAGGAUCAGCCUGAAGUGUCUUCUGCAUUUGAGAAAAUUAGAGGAGAAAUGGAAAAAGUCUAUUCCGUGUCUGAAUGGGAAAAGCCUAUUCAAGAAGGAAAGGAUAAGGGAAAAGUCAAGCAAAAACAGCUCUGGCACAAAGCAUUAUUUUUACUUAAUGCACUGUUUCAACUUUAUGACAAGGUUUUGUCCGAAUUAAUCAAGUUGGUUGAUAAAAGCAAUGACCAAGUUAGCAAUGUGACUUGUGCAGAUAAAGUCAAAGAUUUAGAUAAGGAAAAAAAAUGCUCAAAGGGACUAGAAGCACUUGUGAAGAUGAACAAAGAGAAUAUUGAAAAGAUUGAUGAUUUCUAUAAACUUCAUGAUAAUUUUGGCAAGUUUACAGGGUGA